AGUCACGUCUCCUGUCUGUUCUGGCCCCACGAUGGUGGAAUGACCUUCCCAUAGAGGUCAGAACAGCUGAGACCUUGACCACCUUCAAACGACAACUGAAGACCCAUCUCUUCAGGCUGCACCUCUCCCCAUCCCUCCCUACCUCCCUGUAGUCUCUAAUUGACUGUAAGCUUAGGGUUGUAGCCAGCUGUCAUGGAUGAGCUGAAACUGAUAUUAGUGGGGAUGAGUGGAGUAGGAAAGAGUGCAGCAGGAAACACCAUCCUGGGGAGAGAGGAGUUUGAAUCUGAGACCAGCCCCUCAUCUCUGACCCUGACGAGCGAGGGAAGAGAAGGAGAAGUGUGUGGCAGAAGAGUCCUUGUGGUGGACACUCCAGGCCUCUGCAACACUGAGCUGUCAGAGGAGAAGCUGAGAGAGGAGAUGCAGAGAGCCGUGUCUCUGUGUGACCCCAGGCUCCACGCUUUCCUCCUGGUCGUACAGCUGGGAAGAUUCACUCAGCAGGAGAAGAGAGUUAUGGAGACCCUGCAGGAGCUCUUCUCCGAGGGAGUGAAUCAGCGCACCAUGGUCCUCUUCACUUAUGGAGACCAACUGAGAAAAAAAACCAUUCAGGAGUUCAUCAGCAGCGACGCAAACCUGCAGCAGCUCCUAGAGAAGUGUGGGAAUCGAUACCAUGUCUUUAACAACCAGCAAAUGGAGGAUCAUUCUCAGGUCUCAGAGCUGCUGCAGAAGAUUGAUAAGAUGGUGGCCAGUGAGAUGAACACAGCGGUGGAAGGAGAAACCAAAGAGAAAAAGAGAACUGUUAAAUCAGAAAGGGCUGUCAUGGAUGAGCUGAAACUGAUAUUAGUGGGGAUGAGUGGAGUAGGAAAGAGUGCAGCAGGAAACACCAUCCUGGGGAGAGAGGAGUUUGAAUCUGAGACCAGCCCCUCAUCUCUGACCCUGACGAGCGAGGGAAGAGAAGGAGAAGUGUGUGGCAGAAGAGUCCUUGUGGUGGACACUCCAGGCCUCUGCAACACUGAGCUGUCAGAGGAGAAGCUGAGAGAGGAGAUGCAGAGAGCCGUGUCUCUGUGUGACCCCAGGCUCCACGCUUUCCUCCUGGUCAUACAGCUGGGAAGAUUCACUCAGCAGGAGAAGAGAGUUAUGGAGACCCUGCAGGAGCUCUUCUCCGAGGGAGUGAAUCAGCGCACCAUGGUCCUCUUCACUUAUGGAGACCAACUGAGAAAAAAAACCAUUCAGGAGUUCAUCAGCAGCGACACAAACCUGCAGCAGCUCCUAGAGAAGUGUGGGAAUCGAUACCAUGUCUUUAACAACCAGCAAAUGGAGGAUCAUUCUCAGGUCUCAGAGCUGCUGCGGAAGGUUGAUAAGAUGGUGGCCAGUGAGAUGAACACAACGGUGGAAGAAGAAGCCAAAGAGAAAAAGAGAACUGUUAAAGCAGAAAGGGCUGUCAUGGAUGAGCUGAAACUGAUAUUAGUGGGGAUGAGUGGAGUAGGAAAGAGUGCAGCAGGAAACACCAUCCUGGGGAGAGAGGAGUUUGAAUCUGAGACCAGCCCCUCAUCUCUGACCCUGACGAGCGAGGGAAGAGAAGGAGAAGUGUGUGGCAGAAGAGUCCUUGUGGUGGACACUCCAGGCCUCUGCAACACUGAGAUCUCAGGGGAGAAGCUGAGAGAGGAGAUGCAGACAGCCCUGGCUUUGUGUGACCCUGGACCCCACGCUUUCCUCCUGGUCGUACAGCUGGGAAGAUUCACUCAGCAGGACAAGAGAGUCACGGAGACCCUGCAGGAGCUCUUCCCUGAGGGAGUGAAUCAGCGCACCAUGGUCCUCUUCACUUAUGGAGACAAACUGAAAAAAAAAACCAUUCAAGAGUUCAUCAGCAGCGACACAAACCUGCAGCAGCUCCUAGAGAAGUGUGGGAAUCGAUACCAUGUCUUUAACAACCAGCAAAUGGAGGAUCAUUCUCAGGUCUCAGAGCUGCUGCGGAAGGUUGAUAAGAUGGUGGCCAGUGAGAUGAACACAGCGGUGGAAGGAGAAGCCAAAAAGAGAGAUAUCCACCACCCCACAAACAGCACCAGGGUACGGCGGGACCAUGAUCCUCACAGCCAGCCCACUGGCUCCACUCCAGGAAAACAGCAGGGUAAAGAGCUGCGCAUUAUGCUGGUGGGAAAGACUAGAGAAGGAAAGAGUGCCGCAGGAAACAAGAUCCUGGGGAGAGAGUUGUUCACCCCUUACCCCUUAUCACAACAUGGGAAGGUGAAUGUGGAUGGGAUAGAAGUGGUUGUGAUUGACACUCCAGACCUCAACAGAAACUUAAUUAAUAAUGACAUCAAACAGCAGAUUAUAAACUGCAUCUCUCUCUCCUCUCCGGGACCCCACGUGUUCUUGGUGGUGAUCCAUCUGGGCAGGUUUACACAGGACGAGCAGAACAUAGUAAAGAUCAUCCAGGAUACCCUUGGUCGUGAAUCAGCCAAAUACACCAUUGUGCUGUUCACUCAUGGAGACAAACUGAAGAAAAAAUCUAUUGAAGAAUUCCUGAGUGGCAAUGAAAAACUUGCGGAGUUCGUUGAUCAAUGCCGUGGUGGAUAUCAUGUUUUUAACAAUGAGGACAUGCAGAAUCACUCUGAGGUCUCAGAGCUGCUGGAGAAGAUUAAUAAGAUGGUGGCAAUCAAUGGGGGAGGCUACUUCACAAGUGAGAAGUACAGGGAGGCAGAAGAAAUAAUUAAAGAGGAAACUGCAUUAGCAAUGCAACAACCCACGCUAAUACAGAAACUAAGCCUGUGCUCUAUACUGUGAGAAGCACAAACAUUUCCUCUUUUCAUUCACUCUUUAUGGUUUGAAUAUCUCUUGUUUUUUUGUUUUUUUUUGUAAGGGCUGUCGCUAUCUUUGCAAACAUUUUUCUGUAUUUCCUUAUUUCAAGAUACUUUUCCAGACAUUUGGGUAAAAUAAGCUAAUGAUUCUGGCUUUUGGCUUCAGCUUUAAAAUGUUCUGUAUAAAUUUAAAGAAACUAAAAUAAUUUUAAAAGCAACAGUAAUUGUAUUAACUCAAAAUUAAUCCAUAAAUGCAUAUAUACCUGGUGGAGGUAAUGGAAAUAAGAAUACAUUUGUGUUUUUCUCCAUGAAAUAGAGGACAUUUCUUAAAAUGUUGACCUUGUGAAUAUUCAUAAAUAAUAUCUGGUUAGCUACAUAAAUUAGAAUUACUAAGUUUAUCCAGCUAAAGUAAAUGAAUUCCAUGUGCUCUAUUCAGAAAUUCUGCAUUCCAUCAAAUAAAAAAUGUGCUAUAAAAUA